AUGUCAAAGUCCGUCUCGUCACCAACGGCGCGACUCCUGCAGACCUCACGUCUCUUCUCGCUCCCCCGACCUCUACCGGCCCCCAUCAACGACACCCUCACCUCCACCGGCACCUACCGCGCCUCUGACACCGCAACUCUCCCCUACCCAACCCAUCAAGCCAUCACCACACCCGCCGCCUCCCUACACCGAGGCGACUUCGGCCUCAAACGCUCGCUGCCAGCCCGAACAACCCGCAACACCAGCACCCCGGUCGUCCGCAUCAAAGCACAAGACACCUAUGAACAUAUCACGGACUUUGCGAGCUCAGCAGACGUAGUGGUGGGGCAGCGGAAGUUCGGAGAGAUGGGUGUGCCGUUCGUGCAGAAGCUACCGAAGAAGGAUAGUAAAGCUGGGCCGCCGACUGAGCCAAGGAGCGUGUUUGAGAAUUGGAUCGACAACACUGACCCGGAGGCGAAGAUGCCUGUGGAGAGGAGAGGGAAGGCGGGAAUGGGUAGUUUUGCGAGGGCAGGGAUGGAGAUGAGGGAGCCGAAGACGAUGCAGAGGUGGAAGUUCGCUGGCCCUUGGGUGCCUGGGAUGCAGGAGGGCGAGUUUGCGCGGUGGUUGGAGCGGAAUAUUGAUCGGAGGAAGGGGGAGUGGAGGGAGUUUGUGCGGGGGAAGGAGGCGGAUUCGCGGAUGGCGGAGGCGCAGAGGCAGGCGAGAGAGCAGGGCGAGCCAUUGUCCGGGGCGGACAUUGCACGAUUGCGGGUGGAGCUCAGACCUACGGACGAGCAACUGACGGAGAUCGAGAAGGAUCUCCGCGACACACACAUCAGCGACCGACUCUCCUCCAACCUCACAGCGCUCAUCCAGGAGUUCUUCGAUCUGCCCAACCUCUACUACCCCGGCAGAAACAGCAGUCCCAACACCGCAACGGCGAGAAUGGACUCCUACCUCAAGAAGUUUCAAGCAGCCACCGACGUCGACGAAGGCCCGCCCACCACCCACCCCGCCGCCGGCCUCUCCCACCUCCGUAGCUCAGCCAUCAUGCCCAACCACCCGCUCUACGGCCCACAAGCCUACGGCACCCCCGUCGAAGCCCGCGUCGUCCGCCCCCGCCGCACUACAGCCGGACUCAACGAGCACCAAGCCAGGAUCGGCGUCGGCGGUUUCGUAGCCACGGACACGGAGUCCGACACCAAGCCGCCCGCGCAGCAGAAGGGACGCGAGAAGGCGGUCUCCGAAGCGAGCAGGAUGACCGGGCAGUUGGACGAGGAUUUGGAAGGUGGAAACAAAGUCUGGGUGCAGCCGGGCACGGCGCACGUGGAUGAGAGGGGCAGGGUGAAUUUGAAGGUGGGGAGGGCGGAGCCGGAGGCGUUGGCCGUGAAGAGGGGUGGGGAGGAGUUGGGGAGAAUUAUGCAGGCGAAGAGGGCGAGUCGGGCGGUGGAGCAGGGGACGGCUGGGUUGAGAGGACCCGGGGGUCGGCCGUUUGGGUUUGGAGGGGGCUUUAGGGGGCAAAGUUUGGUUGCCCGGUCAAGCAGUUAUACUUUUAUUUUGGUAGAGUUGUUGCUCGCAUUGGAGGCAAAGACCCUGCAAGAUCGGAGGAUCUGUAAACCCGACGUCCCCCUCCAGCUCCACAACGCUGCGGCAGGACCGCAGGAUUGGACAUCUUCGGACUGGGCGUAUCCGAGAGACGACGAGUAG